AGGAACUUGGGAAUAGAUGCGGGAGGAAGUCUCAGCAGUGUUUGCUAGGCCUCCGACACCCUCCCAAAGCCCUUCCCCCCGCUCCGAGAAAAGCUUCCUGGAAAUGUCCUCGUUAUCGCGUUCCCUCUCCGGCUGGGGGCUGGGAGCGGGCGGUCCCCUCCGCCCCUGGUCGUUCCGCUGGCGCUCGCAGGCUCACAGGAGCCAGAGCGCAGCACAGCUCGGAGAAGGGCACCGAGGCUCGCAGCUGCGCCACGCGCCGAGCGCUCCGGUCCUGGCUGCGACGCGCCACCGUCCCCGCCCGCUUGGAAAUGAGGGUCCUGGGUGGGCGCUGCGGGGCGCUACUGGCGUGCCUCGCCCUAGUGUUCCCCGUCUCGGAGGCAAACUUUUUGUCAAAGCAACAUGCUUCACAAGUCCUGGUUAGGAAACGGCGUGCAAAUUCUCUGCUUGAAGAAACCAAGCAGGGUAAUCUUGAAAGAGAAUGUAUUGAAGAACUGUGCAAUAAAGAAGAAGCCAGGGAAGUCUUUGAAAAUGACCCCGAAACGGAUUAUUUUUAUCCAAAAUACUUAGGAUGUCUUGGCUCUUUUCGAGCUGGAUUAUUCACUCCUGCACGUCAGUCAAGUAAUGCUCACCCUGACCUAAGGAGCUGUGUCAAUGCCAUUCCAGACCAAUGUAAUCCUCUACCAUGCAAUGAAGAUGGAUAUAUGCUCUGCAAAGAUGGCCAAGCUACAUUCACUUGCAUUUGUAAAUUAGGCUGGCAAGGAGACAAGUGUGAAUUUGAUAUAAACGAAUGCAAAGAUCCCUCAAAUGUAAAUGGAGGUUGCAGCCAGAUUUGUGAUAAUACCCCUGGAAGUUACCACUGUUCUUGUAAAAGCGGUUUUGUUAUGCUUCCAAAUAAAAAGGACUGUAAAGACGUGGAUGAAUGCUCUAUAAAGCCAAGCAUUUGUGGCACAGCUGUGUGCAAGAACAUCCCAGGAGGCUUUGAAUGCGAAUGCCCUGAAGGCUACAGAUACAAUCCCAAAUCAAAGUCUUGUGAAGAUAUAGACGAAUGCUCAGAGAACAUGUGUGCCCAACUUUGUGUCAAUUACCCUGGAGGUUACUCUUGUUACUGUGACGGGAAAAAAGGAUUCAAACUUGCUCAAGAUCAGAAGAGCUGUGAGGCCGUUCCAGUGUGCCUUCCCUUGAACCUUGACAAAAAUUAUGAAUUACUUUACUUGGCAGAGCAGUUUGUAGGGGUUGUUUUAUAUUUAAAAUUUCGUCUGCCAGAAAUCACCAGAUUUUCAGCUGAAUUUGAUUUCCGGACAUAUGACUCAGAAGGUGUCAUACUGUAUGCAGAAUCUCUGGACCACUCAGCUUGGUUCCUGAUUGCACUUCGUGAAGGGAAAAUUGAAAUUCAGCUUAAGAAUGAGUAUACAGCUAAAAUCAUCACUGGAGGCAAAGUUAUUAAUAAUGGUCUAUGGAAUAUGGUAUCUGUAGAAGAAUUAGAAAAUAGUAUUAGUGUCAAAAUAGCUAAAGAAGCUGUGAUGAAUAUAAAUAAACCUGGAAGCCUUUUUAAGCCUACCAAUGGAUUUUUGGAAACCAAAGUAUACUUUGCAGGAUUCCCUCGAAAAGUGGAAAAUUCACUCAUUAGAUCGAUUAACCCUCGUUUAGAUGGAUGUAUAAGAGGCUGGAAUCUGAUGGAUCAAGGAGCUUCAGGAGUAAAGGAAAUUAUUCAAGAAAAACAAAAUAAGCAUUGCCUUGUUACUGUGGAGAAGGGCUCCUACUAUCCUGGUUCUGGAAUUGCUCAAUUUGCCAUAGAUUAUAAUAACAUGUCCAAUGCUGAAGGUUGGCAAGUGAAUGUGACCUUGAACAUUCGCCCAUCUGCGGCCACUGGUGUUAUGCUUGCCUUGGUUUCUGGUAACUCGGUGCCCUUUGCCUUGUCCUUGGUGGACUCCACCUCUGAAAAAUUUCAGGAUAUUGUGGUAUCUGUUGAAAAUACAGUAAUAUCUCGGAUCGAGGCCAUGAGUCUAUGUUCUGAUCAACAAUCAUAUCUUGAAUUCAGAGUCAACAGAAACGUUCUGGAGUUUUGGACUCCACUUAAAAACGAUAUCAUCUCCUCUGAACACUUUCAAAGACAAUUUGCCACCUUGGAUAAAGCAAUGAAAGGAACAGUGGCCACUUACUUGGGUGGCAUUCCAGAUGUUCCAUUCAAUGCCACCCCAGUGAAUGCCUUUUAUAAUGGCUGCAUGGAAAUGAAUAUUAAUGGUGUACAGUUGGAUCUGGAUGAAGCCAUUUCUAAACACAAUGAUAUUAGAGCUCACUCGUGUCCAUCAGUUUGGAAAAAUACAAUGAAUUCUUAAGGCAUUUUUCUCUGCUGAUAAUAUCUGUUCCCUGUGUGUAAUUAUACUUUUGUUUCAAUAACAGCUGAAAAGUUUUACCAUGAUGUGAAGUUUUUGAUUAUUUUGUGGUACUUUAGCCUUCCUGGAAUUUUAAACAGUCCUUUUCAAGAAAAAAUAAAUUCUGUUACGGUAUCAAUCAUGUUAAAAAAAAAAAUCCUUCCUUCUGUUGCUGUCUAGAAAUUAAAUAAUAGAACACAUAAAAAUUUUAAAUUUGAAUCUUUUGCUACCAGUGACAUAAUUUCAAUUUUUUUGGUAAAAGUAAAUUUCAGUUUUGUCAUCAUGAACUAGUGUUCAAAUAUGUAUUUUUCCCAGAAGGCAAAGAAAUAAAGCCAAACAAAAGUGUGUGUAAUUAAAUAUUAUCCAUCAUAGGCAGCAUUUUGUUUUUCCCUAAUGAAGGCAGAAGAGAUGGUCUAUUAAAUAUGAAUUAAGUGGAAGACCAUAAAGCUUUAUUCCAAAAUAAUCAAUCCCCUGGGGGAGCAGCAUUGGCUUUAUCUUCUUAUUACAAGGCUUCACAUUUGUGCCAGUAUCUUUACUGAAUUAGAAGUGGGACAAAUUUUCAAGAGCGCAGCACAUGAAUCUCGCUUCUUGGGAAUUGGAUUCUGUGAAGAGACAUUGUAUUUUGUUGGAAUUGGUAUAGAAAUUGCAGAUUGAGACAUAUCUUAAAAUUGGCUGUGUGAGUCAGAAAAGCUUUGUAUCGGAAAAGACACAAUAUAGCGAAAGAAAGAAGUAAGAACAAAUAAUGGAAGUUUAUAGUUUUCCUUCAAUCUAAGUUUUAAUUACCAAGGAAAUUGCCAGAAUGAGAUUGUCAAAGAACAAAGGAACUAUGAAAACUAGAGCAAUUUUUAACAAAAAAGAUGACCACAGAGAAAUAUAGUUACUAUUCUGUUUUUGUAAUCAAAGGGGUAAAGCCACAUACUUGCUAGAACUGUGAUGCACUUGAAGUGGAAGUUUGAUCACUCUUGAAUCUAUUAUUACAGCAGGUGUGUAUCAAAUGUUUCAUUGACAGUUUUAGAAAAUAAACCUCGUUUUUACUAUAGAUAUUUUCUGUCACAUAAAACAUAAAUUGGUGUAUAAUUUUCAAAUAUAUGUAAAUAAUAUCUUUAUUCUAUCAACUCUUUGAACAGAACAAAAAAUUACAUUAUAUACUUCUAAUUCUUCAUACAGCACAGUACUACAGUGAAAAACAGAUGUAGCUGAAAUAUUUGAUGAAUAGUUAUGGCUGGCUUGUACGCUGGAGUUCAUAAAGUGAAGGAAAGCAAAAAUAAUAUGUAUUGAGUGUCUGACACAUGCCAGAAAUUGCAUUAGAUCAUCUUAUUGGAUGCAAUUUUUUUCCCAAUUGCCACCAUAUACUGUGGGUGAUAAAUAUCAGCAAGUGACUGGUGAUAAUUACGUUGGUAUAAAAAAGCAGGGAAGAAGAAAAUCUGGGAGAAAAUAUAAGAAAGGACAAAAAGACCAUAAGAGAGGGAAAAAUGAAUUUCUUCUGGGGAAGAGUUCUCUGCUUCUCAUUCAGUUAUGCCAACAUGGAAGGACAAGGAUUGAUCAAUUCCACAUUUCACAUUAGAAACAGAAGCCUUCCUACAUGCAGUGACGUUUACGAGGCCCCAGACACUCAUUUAUAAAUUUUGUCUGUCUUUGAGUCGCGCUUACCUUACUAGAGAGAGAGAGAGAGAACAUCUAGACCUGUAGCUAAGAAUCUUUGAUUUUAAUCUUUGCCAGGAAAUACAGAUUUCUACUUUUAAAACCUUGGUAGAGAACAGUGAUUUCAUGGCGGUAAAGUGGAGAUUCAGUGUAUUUGAGCCUUGUACAGAGAAAAAAAUUCAAAAUAAAGGCCCAUUACAGAGAGGUUCCUUAGAAUACCAUUUGCAGUGAUAGGUGAGAGCUGUGAGUACAGGGUCACUGACGUCAUUUCUUCUGUCUGAACAUGUAAUUCACGUCCCGUUUGAGUAUGAGAAUAUGACAAGUAUUUCCAAUAUUCUUUUCAGUCUGAAAUUAAAAAACUGGAAUGAUUACUGGAAAGAGGACUUUUUGUGUAUAAAAAAUUAUUUUUUCCCACAAAAUAAUUGCCUUAUUUCUUUUGGAAAUCUCUCCAGGGGUCCUCAAACUGCGGCCUGCGGGCCACAUGCGGCCGUGUGAUUGUAUUUGUUCCCGUUUUGUUUUUUUACUUCAAAAUAAGAUAUGUGCAGUGUGCAUAGGA